CGGCCCUCCUCUCAAAGAUAAACAAUAAUCAGUAAAUCAGUAACGUUUAUGAGUUCUGGCUUCGGCCGGCCAUUAUCUUCUGUCCGGAGAAACAACACUGCUUGUGCAGAGCUAACUGCUGACUUCCCCAAAAGGCUGCCUUUACUACUGUCAGCCUUACUGAUACCGCCCCUAUACCUGAAUCAGCUUGGAAGGGGAAUUAUGCGGCUGUGUAUUCUUCAUCUUCCUGUGCUCAGAAGCCAGCACGCUGCCCGAUACACACAAGCUGAUUCACAGCUGGUUGUUGACUCGGUAGAAGAACCCUCGCUAGAACUGGAGUAAGCUUCAGCAUCCCACCCUCCCUGUAGAAGUCAAAGUUCUUGGGGCGCUCAGCAGGCAGCGCAGUCUAACCCUUCCUUGCCACAGCCCAGCUGGCAUUCAGGCCCCGUGAGCCGAUCUGCGUUCUACAGGGAGCAUUGCAGGCAGCACCCUGAACAAACCAGAAAAACAGCCCUCCUCUGCUCGGGAGCACAAGGAAGCAGGGUCCCACCCGCAUCUACCUUUCCUGAGCAAGGUCGGCUAACCCGGGCCGGAGUGCCUCCACUCACUGGCUUCGCCCCUCCCCUCCAGAGGCCCGUCGCCACAGGUCUGUCUGGCUCCGCCCGAGGUCUACCUGCGGAGCCUGGUGGGUGGAGUGUCAACCGAGGAGUCUCCCUGUGUCCUGGACUCUGCACCCUUAGGUGCCUCUCUGAGGAGCCUCUCGGCGGAGCCUCGGUCUCUGCGCUGCCAUGGAAGGGUCCAGAUCCCCAUCGCCCCGGGAAGAGCUAGAGCUGGCGAUGCUGGAGGGGCAACCGGAAGAGCAGAUGCCUCUCAACAACCUCCAGAUGCAGCCUGGCUCCGCAGAGUCGGACCCUAGCCCAGCCCAGGCUGACAAGAAAAGUCCCUGGAGUCCCUGUAACAAGACUGUGGUUGGGAAAUGUAAACUGUGGAUGGUCAUCGUCGCCAUUUUCGCGUGUUUCACUAUCGUGAUCAUUAUAAGCUUGUGCCUUAUAGGAGUGACUUACAUCGAUGAAGAUGAAAAUGAAAUACUCGAAUUAUCAUCAAACAAGACAUUCUUUAUCAUGCUCAAGAUUCCAGAGGAGUGUGCUAAUGAAGAGGAAUUGCAACGCUUGCUCACUGAAAGGCUCACGGACAUGUAUAGACAGUCACCAGCUUUGGGUCGUUUUUUCACUUCUGCUGAUAUCAUGGACUUCAGUCUUGAAAAUGCCACGGUGACCUAUCACUUGCUGUUUGGAGUUCCAUCAGAUGAUGACGGCUUUAUGAAGCACAUGCUAAGUGAAGAGUUGGUGCUCGGCAUUAUGCGACAGAAUUUCCACGAUAAGAAUGUGUCGAGUUGUCAGAGGCUCGGGCUCGACCCAGAAUCUCUCCUGCUCUAUGAAUGAAGUGACCAGAAGGAGGAGACAGUCCUCCUACUGAUUCGGCACAGAUAUGAAGUCUGGCUCCAUAUUCGGAAGGGCAGUUCAUGAGAGCUGUCCGAGCCAGAAUCAGGAGCUAAAGGCGGUCUGGGGCAGGUCAGAGAUCGCACAGCGUGAGGUUCCUGCUGCCUUGGAAGCACUGGCUGCUGCUGUCAGCACACAGAUGCUUUUCCUGUAGUGCAAAGAUAUGCCAGGCUUUGUUUUAGAUAGGUUCUGUCAGCCCAUGCUGAUGGGUCGAGGAGAAGCAGCUUGUCAAGGCAGGGAGGAAGAACCAACCAAUUGUUCACUGUAGCACCUAUACUUGAGUGGAUGGACAACUGAGCUCAGCAGAGCAACAUAUUAUCAACACGUUACAUAUAGAAAUGUGACCAAAGUGUCUUUUUUUUUCUAUUUUUUAAAAAUUUUUAUUAAUUACACUUUAUUCACUUUCUAUCCCCCUGUAGCUCCCUCCCUCCUCUCCUCCCAAUCCCACCCUCCUUCCUCCUUCUCCACCCAUGCCCCUCCCCAAGUCCACUGAUAGGGGAGAUCUUCCUCUCCUUCCUUCUGAUCCUAGUCCAUUAGGUCUCAUCAGGAUUGGCUGCAUUGUCUCCCUCUGUGGCCUGGUAAGGCUGUUCCCCCUUCAGGGGGAGGUGAUCAAAGAGUUAGCCUCUGAGUUCAUGUCAGAGACAGUCCCUGUUCCCAUUACUAUGGAGGCCACUUGGAUGCUGAACUGCCAUGGACUACAUCUGUGCAGGGUUUCUAGGUUAUCUCUAUUCAUGGUCCUUGGUUGGAGUAUCAGUCUCAGAAAAGACCCCCUGUGCCCAGAUUUUUUGGUUUUGAUGCUGUCCUUGUGGAGCUUCUGUCCUCUCCAGGUCUUACUAUCUACCACUUCUUUCCUAAGAUUCCCUGCACUCUACCCAAAGGUUGGCCAUAAGUUCCAGCAUCUGCUUUGAUAGUCUGCAGAGCAGAGCCUUUCAGAGGUCCUCUAUGUCAGGCUCCUGACUUGUUCCCUGUUUUUUCCUUCUUCUGAUGUCCGUCCUCUUUGCCUUUCUGAAUGGGGAUUGAGCAUUUUAGCCAGAGACCUCCUUCUUGAUUAGUUUCUUUAGGUGUACAGAUUUUCUUAAUUUUUUCUCAUCUUUUCAUUGUUCCAGAGAUGACUCCAUGUCUUUUUUUUUUAAACGUAUGUCUGUGAGUUUUGAAAAGGCUGCCAUCCUUUAAGAUUGCCACCCAUGUGGGUUAUUAAUGUUAUUAUUAUAAAAGCCAUCAAAGACUGUUUAUCUUUCUGCUACUGAUAUCACAAACUGGCUUUCCAUUGCUCAGUGUCAGCAAUCUUCCUGUAGGACACAGUUUCUUGAGGUGUCACACAUGUGUCUUACUGCAGAUGAUCACUCAGCAGAGAGUCUCUGUCCUUUUGAAACUGCCAAAAGUGCGUGCCAGGAGGAAGUUAGUGACUGUAUCAGUCACCUGUGGGUAUAGAUUGUCAUGAGGGACCAGAAUAUUUAUUUUGUUGAGGAUAUUGCCUUCCUGGAAAUUUUCUAGGAGAGUUUUAUUGUUGUAUAAUGAGAAAUUCUCGAGCCUGGUAACUCAGAUAGAUUAGCUGUGGAUGCAGGUCACCAUGGCAGACCUCUGUGUAUGACUGUGUCAAGUAUAGGCUUGCCUUAGGACAUGAGGUUCCAAACGUCGUGAAUUUGCUUUCUUAUUUACCUGCUACAUACUAUAGUGUUAAUAACUGCUAUACUGUUAUUUAUUGUUUCAUUUUCAGGAUAGUUCCUUAAACUACUGAAACAAGUGGAUUUUUCUUCUUCCCCUUUUAUUAUUAUUAUUUUUUUAACAUGUUAACAGUGAACCUCAGUGUGGCUGUACUUUUUUAAAGUAGUGAUGAAUUUUAAUAGAUAAUAUAACAACACAAUAAAUUAUUUUUGUAA